GCGGCUGUGACGAAGGCCAAUCCUCAGUCAUUGGAUGAAUGUAAGGAUGUCAUCCAGACCUCUAUCUUACCCAUGGACUACGGCUUGAGGAUGUGCGCCAACAAUUGUUAGUUCUGUUUUCUCUCGAAGCAAGCGUAGACCAACUCAAAAGGAAGUUCAGGAAAUGGGGCUUGAGCAAGAAUGGAAAAAGGGAGCAGUGGGUCGAGGCUGCUCGGGAACUCAAACAACGCCGGCUGGAUGUGAGACAGGCGAGGAUCAUCACAAAAAAUGGCAAGCGUUUGGAUGCUGCUCAGGCUAGGAGGGCUAUUCAGCGGCACGAUCUUCCAAAGAUGCGAGUAAAACAAGGCAAUAAAAAUACUCGGCCACGCACUUGCGAAGACCUCACCAUUCGCAGGGAAUUGAUCAACCCUACCGCCGUUACAACCAUCACGUUGCCUUGCCAUUCCUUCUGGGAAUGGAUACGAAGAAUCUUUCCCGUCGGCGACAAGUUGUCAUUUUCUAGCGUUCUGAACUCAUACUCAGCUUCGUUCGAACCUUACUUUCAUUAUCUCCAGGAAUUCCAGUUGAUUGGCACCGAUAAUCCGUCAGAAGAAUCCAACUCGCUUGCAGUUGGGGUUCCUCUGCGUUCUAUUAGAGAUACAUCACACCCGCCAGACGUAACUCAGUUAGUUGAUACCAAUAACGAACCUAAAGCAAACCAGUCGCUUACGGUUGGAGCCUCUCUGAGCACUCCCAGAGACGCCUCAUAUCCAUCUGUGACAGAUUUUCAAUCUGAAGCUGGAAAGAUGUCAAUUGCAAUUGCCAGCAGGCUUUUCAUGGCUGCCUCCAGGAAUUACGAAGACUUAAGGGAAUCCUUAGCCUCAGAGGUCUGGAGAGUGGCUCUUCCCGAAAAGAGUUAUUUUAUCAGUGAUAUGGAGCUUGUUGCCUACUACCCUGGAGUAGCAGAUCUCCCCGUCUUGAUGAGUUACUUGGUCUAUAUCUGUUCCAACCACCUCAUACAACGUGAUCAUUUCGACAACCUGGCUGACAAUUUACUAAGCAAGUAUGGCAUAGAGGCGCUGAGAUAUUCCUGUAUAGAGCAGCUACAAUACCUCCGCUCCUUCCAAGAAUUCAUUCUUCUUUAUGCGGCGAGAAAAGGACGAUAUGAGAUAGUACGAUUUUUGCGGCCAUUUCUCCUGGACUUGGACCAGCGACUACGUGGUGGAGCAUAUCCACGAACCUUGCUUCACGAGGCUGUUUUGCACAAACAAACCUCAUUCGGUAAAGCUCUCCUUGACGAUGGAGCUGAUGCCGGUUGUCCCAUGGCACCGUCGGAACUUCAGGUGUUCCUAUAUGAUCGCCCUGCGAUGGACUUGGCCGCGUAUUUUGCUCCAGAGCUUUUUCGCCAUAUGCUCGACAUAUCCAGGCAAAAGUCGACCUUUAACCCUGCGCUAUUGUUACCUCUUGCAGCGAAAUCUGGUAUGAUUGUCACAGAAUGCCUUCAGCUGCUCGAGCUCGGUGCGAAUGUCAAUGCGAUGGAUAGUCAAGGUUGGACCGCUCUGCAACAUGCGGUCUCUGCACAACAGCACUCUCUAGUCUGUACUUUACUAGAUCAUGGAGCUUCGACGGAUCUUGGGAAAGAGAACAGAGCCAUUCUAAAGCGAUAUCAAUCAUUGGAAAGUCGCGUGGCUCUGCCCUUAUCCCUUGGCAUCGAAUCCAAUGAUGUCGAAAUGUGCGAGAUUCUUCUUCGAGCUGGGGCCGAUGUGAAUGACCACUUGUUCACAACGAACGGGGAUCUUCUUGAUCCGUACUACAAGCAACUGCUUCUGGAAGACCUGCCACGAGGGACAUUCCAAACAGCUCUUCAACGUGCAGUGUGGGAGAACAAUACACAAUUGAUUCAACUACUCCUCGAACAAGGCGCAAAGCCCACAGUCGAAAGCACAAUCCCCUGCAUAAUUAUUGCCGUUUGGAGAAACAACUAUGAAGCCCUGGCACUGCUAAUUCAGCACGGCGCUAAUCUCAGCGAAACAUAUGACGGGAGCUUGCUCGGGAAAGCCGAUGCAAUGGUAUAUGCUUCGUAUGGUGGAGAUCUGCGAAUCCUGCACAUUCUCAUCAGAUCUGGCGUAUUUAUUGAGCCUGCUCAGCAAAUUUGCGGGAAGGUAUGGACUCUCGGAUGGACUCCAUUGCAGGCCGCUUGUCUCAGCGGAAAUGCUGCUGUGGCUCAAUUACUGUUGGCCUCUGGUGCUGAUGUUAACGCGCCAUGCUUCUUCGACGGCGGUUUGACAGCUUUGCAAGCAGCUAUCCGAUGCAGAAAUAUGGCAUUGGUCAACCUGCUUCUCAACUGGGGAGCCAAUGUGAAUGCUUCUCCAUCCAGAUAUGGGGAUACAGUCCUCUCAGCCGCCAUCAAAUCUGGAUCUAUGAGUGUUCUAAGACACCUGAUCGCGCAUGGCGCAGACGUCACCUACAACGGGUGCAAUUAUCGACAUGGGUACGAUGAAUCGAUGAUCCCAACUGUGGCUGCUGCAAUACUUGGUCGCAUAGACUUCAUCCAGGAGAUGUUACAAGCUGGCCUGAACUUGCAAGCACCGAUUCGUCAAAACACUCCGAGCACGAUCUUGGGAGAAGCAUUGUCGCGAGCCGCAAGAUAUGCCAGAAUUGAAGUCAUCGAGUGGUUUCUUCAACACACUGUCACACUGAUUCCAUUGGAACUAUCUGAGAUACUUUUCUCCAUUCACUUCUAUCAAAAAUUUGACCGCGAGGCCUCCAAGAAAUUCACAUUGGAAUUGUUAGAUCGUGGCGCAGACGCGAACGCUUUUCACAGCGGCGAGACUAGAUCACCAACCACUAUACUUUCAAGAAUCUGCUUCUCGAGAAAGGAAAACAAGGAACUAGUCCAGCUGUUGUUGGAUAGGGGAGUCGAUGUGGAUCCGGACCCUGGGUGUGACACCAAGCUCGAGGUGCCUUUGAUAGGUGCUGUCAGAAAUGGCCAUAUAGCGAUCGUGGAGCUUCUACUGGAAUAUGGAGCCAACCCCAAUACGACUUCUGAUGCAUUCAGAUGGACACCUCUUCAACAUGCUGCCUCUCAGGGCUAUAUUCGCAUUGCACAAAUACUCCUUGCCCAUGGUGCUGAUGUUGGAGCUCUCACGUCCGAUGGGCAAUAUACUGCACUAGAUCUCGCAGUGACGAAUGGACGUUUCGACAUGGUGAAGCUUCUGCUUGAUAAUUACAAACUUGGAGAUUGUGGACAUAUGUCGAGAGUCUGCCAAAAAUAUGCCGAAGUCGCACGAGAGGAGUGCCAGUGGGCAAUUCUUAAGCUUCUGGAAAGCUAUCAGUCUGAAGCACAACAUUCAGAUGAUGAAAUCAAACCUUUGCUCGACGCCGAGGCUACGGAGACUGGCACAGAACGUUCAAGGAAGGUUUCGCAUAGGACGUUGAAGAGAAAGACAUUGACUUCAAUCCCUGGGUGAAUCUGGACACAGCAAGCUGGUAGAUGUGAGCACCAAGAUUGGUCCCUGAACUCUGGUCUAUCGGGUCAGAAUUAAGAUCUACCUACAGUGUUCUCCUCCUUCGACGGAUCUACUGUAUUCCCUAUCAUAUGUCUACCAUGCAAUCUGAAUCCUCGAACCCAGCCCAGACGAUACGAAGAGAGUCGAUUCUUGUGCAACACAUGAUCUCGAAGUCCAUCCGUUCCCAUCAGAAGAAACCAAACUCCCCCAAGGACGCCCAUUAGCACAAAAUUGCGGACGAGAGAAUGAGUCUUGACAGGUGGGAUUCCAACCAGCUGAAAGCCCAAGCCCGAGUUGAUCCAGCCAAGACAGAUCAUCACACGGCCCGUCCACCGAUGUAUAUAUGAGAAUACACUCUUUCCACCAGUCCGCUUGAAAUGACGAUGCUGAAGGAUGCCCAUUGCCGGCUGAACGACAAUGAUGGUGGAUGUCACCAGCAGACCGAUCACAACAUGGGCUUUGACGGGGCUGAAAAAGUUUAGAUCGUUUUUGGCAAUGUCUAUGCCUAGACCCAUGGCACCAAUCAUCAUGACAAGACCGAGGAUCUGGAUCGGACCGUGGAUGCGACUGGUCACACGAACACCCUUGAGCGGAAGAUGUUGUGCUAUGGCGCCGAGAGGAAACAGGACGAUGAAGACGAUGGACAUAAUGCAUGCGUGGGCAUUGCGUUUGCGGUGAAAGAUCUUGUAACUGUCUUGGAAGUAUGCUCGUUUCUCGAGGGGUGCCGGAUCUGUUGGGUGUUCGGCAUCAAGAGUCGUUGCUAAAGCCAGCACUUUGGUUGGCGAUCGUGUCAACACUUGCGGUAAUGCACAGACAUGGUGGUACGACGUGGGACUCACU